CUAUAUCGCUAGUGACUCGAACGGCGCCAUUUUCUUAUAUGCCGUCGAGUUGUCGUGCGUGUCUUACUGUAGCCUCACGAGUUAUUUUAUCUUAACCCUUUUCUGUUUUUAUUGUGAAGAUGGGCAGGAAGAAGAAGAAGCAGAUGAAACCUUGGUGUUGGUAUUGCAACAGAGACUUUGAUGAUGAAAAAAUUUUGAUUCAGCACCAGAAAGCCAAACACUUUAAAUGCCACAUUUGUCAUAAAAAGUUGUAUACGGGUCCUGGUUUGGCUAUACAUUGCAUGCAGGUACACAAAGAAACUAUAGAUGGUGUUCCCAAUGCAAUACCUGGCAGGACAGACAUAGAGUUGGAAAUCUAUGGCAUGGAAGGCAUUCCAGAAAAAGAUAUGGAAGAAAGAAGACGACUACUGGAACAGAAGACGGCAGCAGAAAGUCAAAAAAAGAAGCAGAAUAAUCAAGAUGAUUCAGAUUAUGAUGAUGACGAUGAUGAGCCAGGGCCGUCCUUCCAGCAAGCUCCUGUACAACCUCAGCCUGGGUUCAUUCCUCCAAUGACACAACCAGGCAUGCCACCAGUCCACGGUAACCCAGGAAUGCCUCCUGGCAGCUUUUCAGAAAUCGAGAGUCAUCAGACCAGGCAACAUUUUUCCAGUCUUCAACGCUCCAAUUUUGGAAUGCCUCCUAUGAUGCCAGGAGUUCCUCCUAUGAUGCCUGGAAUGCCACCAGUAAUGCCAGGAAUGCCUCCAGGUAUGAUGCCAAUGGGAGGUAUGAUGCCACCUGGACCGGGAAUGCCACCAAUGAUGCCAGGCAUGCCCCCUGGUAUGCCUCCACCUGUUGGGCCACGUCCAGGUUUGCCUCAUAUAACGCAGGCUCCUCCAGUCACUGCACCGGCUAUGCUUAAUGGUCCAGCAAUGCCUGUGGCCACAGUGUCAAGUCCACAGCCACCCAUUACAAAGCCCUUGUUUCCUAGUGCAGGACAAAUGGGGACUCAUGUUCCAAGCACAAGUACAACCUCAUCCAGUGCAGACAGUCUGUCACCGUCUUCUAAACCUCUGUUUCCUAGCACAGCACAAACUCCGCAGGCUGUGCCAGGACCACUUGGUACUGAUUUCAAGCCCCUUAGCACACCUGCAACUUCUGCAGAACCUCCUAAACCAACAUUCCCAGCAUACACUCAGUCAACUGCUUCAACCACUAAUGCCACUAACAGCACUGUAACUAAACCAUCCGCGACUGUCACAAGUAAGCCAGCUACCCUCACUACAGCGAGUGCAACUAGUAAGUUGAUCCACCCUGAUGAGGAUAUCUCAUUGGAAGAGAGGCGAGCACAGUUGCCAAAAUACCAGCGAAAUCUUCCAAGACAAGGGCAGCAGUCCAUUAGUGCUCCCCCUGUGGGGCCAAUGGGAAGCAUGAUUCCGCCACAGCAAGGAAUGCCUCCCCAGCAGCCAGGAAUUAGGCACUCUAUGCCCCCACAUGGACAAUAUGGCGGCCCUCCUCAGGGGAUGCCAGGUUACAUGCCUGGUGGGAUGCCUCCCUAUGGACAGGCACCUCCAAUGGUUCCUCCAUUUCAAGGUGGGCCACCCCGACCUCCAAUGGGAAUGAGACCUCCUGUUAUGUCACAAGGAGGCCGUUAUUGAAGCUGCUCCAUCAGGAAUAGGUUUGGAGAUUAAAGCUUUUCUCAUCUUGUGAUGUGUUAGUAUUCAAAAGUCCAGAACUAAGCCUUUGUGACAUAAUGAGAAAGAGAAACUACCUUCCUAAGAUGAGGAGAAAGUUUGCAACGCAUGGGACUUUGUUUUACAUAACCUUUUUAAUUAAAAAGGAAUACACGCCAUUGUUACAGAUGAUAUACUGUGGCUUUUUUUUCUCCUCAUGUUUCAUUUAGGUAUUUUAGAAGUGAAGUUUAGUAAAUAUGGUUACUCCAGCGCCUCCAAAAUUUUACGAACAUGAACAUAUCAACUUUAAAGGCAAGUUCUGUGCAUUACAUUGUUCUACAGAAAGUGAGGCCUUCACAGCACUUUAUGUGCUGUUGGACCCUAUGUCCCCAACACUGUUUGGUGAGGGCUUCAGUCUUAAGUCCCAGUAUGUGUAUGUUGCGUCUUAAUGUGACAAUUACAUGUAUUUAGAAUUGUUUCCUGUUGCAGGCUCAAUCUUUGACCACCAAGUAGGUCUUGUGAUUUUCCUCCUGUACUGUUGUAAAAUUUCUUGUAAUAAAAUGUGAUCAAAACUU